AUGGGUGUUACUUAUGCAAGAAUUAUUAUUCAAGGGAAUAUGCGGAUUUUACACAACUGCCAACUUGGAGCCCCUCUAAAAAGUAAAAUAAAUAAAUUUAUUGCAAUCGCUGGUGCUAACUUUGGGAUGUGUAUUUGUGCUGAUAAUGAAGGAGAAACAAUUAACGAUACAAAAAGAGUUCCAGCUUGCAGUAAAGAAUUUGGUUUCUGGGUUGGUCCAAGCUGUCCAAACUAUUCAGAUGUAAGUCUGUGUAGCGAAAAUAUUCUUCCCUGUGAAGAUAAUUCUGGGGAUAUAUUGGCAAAAUUGAAUUAUUCAAGAGAUGAUGCUAAAUAUAUUGCAAGUUUUUGGUCAACUAACGACACAAUAAUAGGCCCAAAUAAUAUGGCAUAUGGAUGGAAAACUUCAAUUGUUGAAGGAACAAAAAAAGAAAUGAAAUAUGAUGGCCUUACACAUUAUACAUUAAAAACGGAUACUGUAAGUGAUCAAUUGAAAAUACUUCAAUUAGAAAUAGAAUUUUGUCCGAAGUUGGAGGAUUAAAAAUGAAUAAAAUUAAUUUAAUUGCCUUAAAUGUAUUGUGAUUUAUUAGGAUUUGGAUAUUUAAAAAAUAUUCUAGACAUGUAUUUCCGAGGAGGCUUUAUCCAUCGAAUCAGAAUAUAAAAGGGAAUAACUCGAACAUAGCCGGAGGACUGCGGAUUUUUCUUUUCGGAUAUUUAGAAAUUUUCAGUUGAUUUUUUCAUCUCCCACAAAUUUUUUUUAUUAUUCACGUGAAUUGCUAGUCGACUUUUUUGAAGUCUUUUUAUUGGCAGAAAUC